AUGUGCCGUUGUGGCACGGCCGAACUCCACUAUGGGGCCACGACUUCGGGUUGUAGUGGAGAGCGACUCGAAUUCUCCGUAAGCCGCGGUCUCCGACGGCGUAGGUGGGCGCGUCAAGGCGAUGUCGAUGCGGAGACCCAUCCCGUCACCGGCUGUCCAGCGACGUGCAGAGACGAACCACGUCACGACGGUGCCGACGCAAGGUUCCAUCCGACCUUCCAUCCAGCGGAAUCCGCAAACCCUGUGCACACGGCACAGCGCACAGGGCCCCCUCACCUGGUUUAGCCCGCCGGUCGAGACGGUUGCCCGGGGUGUGGCCGCUGAGCAGAGCCCAGCUACGUGGAGCCACAGGUGAAAGUUGAGUGUCAGCAAGUGAAGGCUAGGCGUAAUCUCAUAUGCAAGCAAGUGAUCGACCACCACGACCAUCACGUGAACCCACCGCUGACCAGUUCUAAAAAAAUCCGGUGCGUAGGGCGGCCAUGCAGUAAAAAAAUACUCGAAAUGAUGGUAGGUGGAGUGCAUGCGUCUGGCAGUAAAGCGGAGGUGUUUAAACGCUGUUGACUUUGCCAAACCGCAGUUAGUAUUUUUUUCUCCGCGCAUAUGUUUAGUUCUUGCAAAAAACUUGUCGUGGUAACGGUCUUCGUCAUUCUGGAACUCGAAACUUCAGCUCUCUUGCUGACGGAGUGUCAACGCUGGACACUGGUGAGAAGAAAAAACCAUUCCUUGCGGUCAUUAUCAUCAGGAUGACUGGCUUAAUACACCAGUUGGCUGCCUAGGUCAUACUUUUGACUGGCUGGAGCUUUUUAAUUUAAACCUUUUUCAAACACGUUUAUUUACCUCAGAAUUUCGUCUAGCUUACCCCCUCGAAAGUCAGCAGACUGAACUAGACGGUUUACUUCACCCGAACCACGUUACCAGCCGUGUCUGCAUGCUGAAGUAGAAAAAAACACUCGGUGCGUCAAAAAAGUUUGUAAAAAUGUACUUGCAUGCUCCACCGUGACCCUACCCAUUUACUUUACACUUUUAGGUAUGGAAUAAAUAUCACACCAGGCUAAAUUAUGUUCUUUUGAAGACCUGUUAUCUAAUUGGGACUUUCAUCGCGCUGAGUCAUGUGCUGCUGUUUGAUCUUGGCAUUUCGACAGGUGCGUAGCCCUGCUUCAUGUAUUUAUUUUAUAAUACCUUUAGUACAACAUGAUUUAUCUGGCAGAAGUAGAAUACGCUAUGCUAACGUAUAUCUUAUAACACUUUUGUCGCAUUCGCGCAGGAUAUCACGACGUGCUGAUUGUAGACAGCCCAAACUGACGAGUUUUUUUAAUUUGGCUACUGCAGAAAGCCUGUGCCAGAAACAUCAAACUUACGCUUGUAUAUCAACUUACUACAUCUCAGUCGAUUUUGAUGGGGCCUUUAAUGUUUUUCACUUCGUACUCUGUAAGAACAUUCCGCCCCCAACCCAUUCACUGGAAACCAGCAUUUCGAACAUAUAAUUCUCGUCUUAAGUUUACAAUUAUUAGUGAAGAUAUAACGCGCCUUUAAAAGUCACUCGGUUCAGUUUUGAAUGCUUCUAAUAUAUAUAUAUAUAUAUAUAUAUAUAUAUAUCCAAGAAAAGCAAUAAUUGUGUCCUGUCACCAAAGUGGCAAGGUUUAUAGCCUUUCAGAUUAAUUUCCGGUGACCCACACUGACCGUCAGAAGGUAUCCUGACUUUCGGCCUUGCCUUGACGCUCGGUGCAGGGCGAUGAACAGUCGACGCUCAUUAAGGCCAGUAUUUAGUCCAAGCAUAAUAUCUGCGUCUUUUGCGGUUUGCCCAAUGGACCUUGGGUCCGAGGCCAGAUAAAACGCCAUCUUUCAUCGAUCAGGACAGAUCGGGGAGGUGGUACCCCUGACCUCAGUUGAUAGGGUGAGACAGUGACCGGGCUAACAGACGGCUAAGCUCACUGCUCAACGGAAAUCCCGUUCAAAUUUCGCGUCUUUUCGGUCUGUGGCAGACUCAGUAUCGAGAACGUUGAUGUCGAAAGUGGCUUACUCAGUGUUAUUUCACCAUAUUCGAGGGGUAUUUCCUUCUGAGAAAAAGAGCAGGACGAUUUAGUUCUGGAAUAUCAGAUUUUUGAACUACAUCGGUCAAAUGGCUACGCGGAAACCCGAGUGUUCUUGCCUUCGGGCAGAGAACAUCGUGUGUAGAAAACUGUCUUAUGCGGAUUAACAGGUUCAACGCAUAAGUACGCUAAUGUCCGCGGUAGUUGCGAUAGCGUGUGUCUGAGAACGCAAAAAAGGCUUCGAGGUCACCGAUCUAACAUUCUACUGGAAUCAGCUUGUCGAGCUCAACAUGGUGGCCAAAGACAAUCUGUAAAAUAAGCGACCAAAUUGUCAGUCCUUUUGAAUUUAACUGUGCUCUUACCUCAUGUGAGUUAUCAUACUAAAGCUACACGACAUCGCUGAUAGGCAUCACAUUGCUUUUCCUCAAAUAGGUGUCAAGUAAUUUUGCUUUACUGCAUGGGCUAAUUAAUCAGCCGAUGUGAAUAAGUCUUAUAAAAUUCAACCAUCAGGAUGAACAGACUAUCACAACUCGAAGUAAACCACAAGGGGCAUCCACGUAAGCAUGAACCGUAAGUUGAAUCAAGUUAAAUUAACCCUGUAUAAUUCAGAAGCCUUAAGCUGUAGGUUUGAAGGUACGAAAUCCAGUCAGCAAGCUACUUGCCGGGAACGAGGAGAAAAUCCGAAAGUUCCUUUUUCAGUAAGCGGGGGACUGUUAAUGCAGUCAUGGCUUUGUCGAAAUGAUUGAAAGACAGAAUGGAUGACCACUCAAUAGAACCCAGCCUGUACUCGAACUAAGAUCUGACUUGCCACACUUGUGUAUGAUCCGCCAUCUGAUUAUCAGAACCAGAAUGUGCAGCCAUAUCCGGACUGAGUGCUGCACACUGUAUGAGGUCUUCAAAGGAUUAUUUUCCCUUUCAUAACCUACUUCCUCCGCUUAUUUUCCUUAAAACCUGAUCGUCCUGCUUUUUUAGGACAUCUCGCCGUGGAGCGGCUAUGUUUGUUCAGUAGCUGGCUAUUUAUAGCCAUCGGAUUCUGUAUCGCCACUUGCUGCUCUGCCUGCCUGUCGGAUAAUAAAUACAGCGAAACUCUGCCGGCGGCCACAGACGCCUUCCUCUACGGAAGUGAGUUGUCGGGUUGAUAUAAAGUGCAAAGCCUGUCUGACGGCAACACCGGCAUAGAAAGUGGGACUGAAUUGUCCAUAAACGUAGCCAAGACGAAUUCUCAACAUGCGAUCUAAUUACGAUUCUCCACUGUAAAAGUUAGAUCUUUAGUUAAAAAUUUCUAAGCAUGGUCUGUCCUGGGAAGAUUGGCUUAAGGACUACUAAUGGUAUUGUUGAAUCCCUGUAAUUUUUUUAUUCAAGCCUCGUGGAUAUGUCGCCUUGACAAUUGGACUUCCAAAGUCCUCACUGUCCUCUAACAAACAAAAUCGAAAACCACCUAGCAAUAAGCGUAGGUUAUAUAUGCUGUAUCGCGAAAUAUCAGAAAAAAUCUGAAAUAUGUUUUCUAUUCUAAAAGAUUACUUAAUUAAGGUAGUAGUACUUGCGGUCGUACAGCAGUGUCCUCAGAUUUUUCAGUCACGCAAGGAUACCGACUUUUGAAUGAGUUUACGUUUGUCCGUCCAUAAAAUUAAACUCUGUUAAUAACAAUCACUAAGACAGUAUGUUGUUUCUAUCGAUUUUUAGGUGUAUUAUGGAUCUGAUUGCCUCACUAGGCCUCUAUGUUUACACAUAUUUUAUGGCUACAUUGCCCUGUGUCAUAUUAACAUAACUGAGGCAGAAAUCAAUCGCAUUCAGUUAAUAACCUAUCCCAGUUGAUUCAAGUAUAUCUGCACUUGCACAGACCGGGAAAUGUGUCAUUCUUUGCCAUGUUAAUUACUGACUGAAUGAUGAUUUCUGAAUUGCGCUACGAGAGCCUGUUUACCGAGAUUUGGUAAAAAACUAAGCACAUACGUCAAACGCUCUUGUCAAACUUUUCUGAACAUUCCCUAUUAGUAAGCCUCUUAUAAUGGAUGUGCUAUCCCAUUAGAUGUCAACCAAAAUUCUGCAAUGAAUAUUUCGUUUGACAAUACUAAUUAAGUAGGGUCGCAAUAUAUUUUAUUGCGCAGCAUAACCUCGAGUUAUUUUCUGUCCCGUCAAAAUUCCGGCCAUGAACGAAUCUCAUUCUAAAUUUUUGGAAAAACUCUACUCCAGAAAAAAUGACUGUUUAACUUGUAAGCAUUUUUAGCACUGUUUUUCGAUGCCCUUAUAUAUUCAAGUAUAUUUCGUAAACAAACAUGCACAAAAAUAUUUUUUCUUGUGCACAUUCGAUAGCAAGUUACAUUUUCUUUAAAUAUUUUACUAGAAGGUGGGGCAUCUUACGGUUAUAAAAAAAAGUCUUUAAUUAUGAGGUUCUCUAAAACCAUGAGAUGCCCGCUCACACAGCAUCGUGUCAGUACGUUUAUUAAUGCUGCCUCUAAAGUACAAAAGCUUAUCCAUAUCAAUUAUACAAUCUUAUAAAUCCUAUACGACUUUUUCAUAGGAACGUAGGGAAAUGUGUGAUAGUCCUUUGACGGGAUGUAUAUAGCAUUUAGGUUAUAAAUUUUAAAUGCAAGUGUAAGGGCAGGUGGAACAAAAAUAUUCGGGAGUUCAAAACGCUUUUAAAAAACCAGAAGAUACUCUGUUUCCAGGUAUAAAACUUAGAGAAAAGAUAACUUAUUAUCAAUUCUACCAAGAAAAAGGUUUUAUGUUUGUUUUUUUACAAUAUAGUUGAAUGUAUACUGACAUCGAAAACCAGUAGGAAAACUUCGUCCCACGCACGAUGUCAUUUUUUACGGAGUGUUGUUUUCGUAGGCGGCCGAAAGGAAGCUCAUUUAAAAGUUGGCAUUCUGAGUUGACUGAAAUACCCUUUGCUUAAACUGCAUGCCACACAUUACCACAACCCUACUUAAGUGAUAUUUUCAGAUUGAAAGCACAUUCCAGAAAUUCGGCUAACAUUUCAUGAGAUAGCACAUCUAGUGUAUGGUUUGCUUCCAUGACAUCUACAUUGACCACUGCGCAGGAUACGGCGGCACCGCCUUUUGCGGAAUUGCGAUCCAUUCAAACAGUCAUGGUGACGAGUGAUCAUUAGACAAGAAAUUAUGUUGACAAGGAAAAAAGAAUUCGCAAUUGCACUUUCUCGUCCAUUCGCCUUCAGUGAUUGUCUACCCUCCCGCUCAAGGCCAUGGGGUCCCCAAAGCUCAAAUAUGGACGCCUCGCCAAUUGACUACUAGGGCCAGUUUAAGCUGGAAGUCCAUUUUCUGUUCAUUUUGUAUACUCAGUGAUCCAAGUAGAAUAGCGUCCAUUCAAAAGGCAAAAUUCGGACAUGACCGAUAUAUCAUAGGAUAAUGGUCCAUGAUCCUUAAUAUAACAGGGCUAAUUAAAUCAACUUCUGGAAUCCACAACACGGAAUAGCACGUCUAUUGAAAGUCAUGGCGUUGAAUUGUCGGCAGUUUAAACUGUGCUCUUUCAGAGCCUAGAAGGCAAACUACAUGGUCUCUUUCAAGCAAGGAAACUCGAGUUGGACGUGUAAUUCUGAGAGCUAUCUUCUGCAGCUUUGCAGAUCUGAUCAAAAUGUACCUUUCGAAGAAACUUCACAUCCUCCAGACUCCUUUUACUGGCUCUCCUGAAAUAAGCUUCUCGUUGAUGUGCGUUGGAUAACAGGGUAAUCGGCCGAUAUCUAUCUCGUACAGUGAUUUGCUGUACUCCUACAAUGUUCCAUUGAAGUGCAUAGAAAAAUACUACAGCGUACUCGCAGUGUUCUUCAAGGAAAUGUAGCGCGUUCAUCUCUUCAUUUACUAAACAUCUGAAUGUUUUACAUUACAGUUAAAUAUCUACUGCAUUGAAAUUUUUUGAUCGAAAACGCACAUCCUAUUUGCUCCCUUUUAGUGGCGUUUGGGCUUUUUUCACUGCUCGGGGGUUUGAAGAACGCCAUCGUUUUUGGCGGACCCAUCGGACCUCUACUAUUCGGACUUGUGGGAAUGUUCCUCGUGCACAUUGAAUCAGUCGAGUCUUUCAAAACCACUGAAACAGAUGACAUUGUUCUUGUUAUCUAG